UCCCACAUUCUGCUCCCACAUUCCCUCGCCUGACAGCCUCCUAUUUGUCUCCUAAGCCAGCAUGACAAGAUGAGUGUGUAAAGGAAUAACGGAUUGGCCCGUUUAUGUUCUAGAAUCCAGCGACCAUUCCAUCCGCGCUUUGCUCUCCAAAUUCUUACUUCCCACUAUUCGGCAUGAUUUUCGAGGUCGACGCCUUUCCCUCGCCGUCAGUGGCGUCCCCUCCGUCCAGUUCAUGUCGCAUCGACGACCUGCCUGGCGACCUUCUCCUCGAGAUUUUGAAGAAUUUGGAGAAGCAAGACACGGGAAGGAGAGCACAUUUGAGAGCAGCGUCGCUCGUUAGCCGGCAAUGGCUGGAAUCGUCCGGCGUGGCUUGCUCCUCACUCUCUCUGAGUGGUCUCAAGGCAUCCAAGCUGCCAAAGCUGCUGGCCAGGUUCCCCUCCCUGGCCGUGCUGAACCUCAAUUUCCUCUUCGACUGCUCCGAGGACUCCUUGGCUAGCAUCGGCCGCCUGUGUCCGCGUCUGCUCGAGCUGCACGUGCCCGAGACCUGCAAGGCCGCUGAUGGCUCAGGGCUCGUCGCUCUCGCUCGCGGGUGUCCGAACCUCGCCAUUCUGUCGCUGCCGGCGUUCAAGGGCCCCGACCACUCGCUCAUGGCCAUCGGCUCGCACCUGCCUCGCCUGCUCAAGUUGCGCCUUCGCUCCGUGCCGCACCUCACGGACGCCGUCGUGGCGCACAUUGCGCAGAGCUGCCGGCGCCUGGAGGAGCUCGACCUCUCCUUCACGGACGUCACGGACGCCGCGCUGGCCGCCGUGGGGGGGGGGCUGCAGGCGCUGCAGCACCUCGACGUGAAGCACUGCAAGCGGGUCACCGGUGCCGGCGUGGCGUCGGUGGCGGCGGGCUGCCCCCAGCUGCGCGUGCUGCACCUGGGCGUGGUGGACGUCAGCGACGACGGGCUCACGGCGCUGGGGCGCCACAGCCGGCGCUUGGAGGAGCUGUACCUGGACUACGGCGCGGGGGACAACCACCAGCUCUCGCGCGAGGCCUUCUCGUCGCUCGCGGCGGGCUGCCGCGUGCUGCGCGUGCUGAGUCUGCGCGGCAGCCGCCAGGUGGACAGCAGCGCCGUGGCGGGGCUGGCGCGCGGGUGCCCGGCGCUGGAGGUGCUGGAUCUGCACGCGUGCGACGCCGUGGGCGACGACGGGCUGGGCCCCGCCAUCGCCGGCUGCAAGGGGCUGCGCGAGCUGGUGGUGACGGGCACGGCGGUGGGCGCGGCGGGCUUGCACACGUUCAGCGGCGGGCUGCCGCACCUGGCGCUGCUGCGACUCAACGGCGAGCUCGUCACGGACGCCGUCCUGCAUUCGGUGGCCACCAAUUGCCCCAAUCUCACGGAGAUCCACCUCAGCAACUGCCACGUCAGCGACGAGGGCAUCCAGCGGCUGCUGGCGGGGUGUGCGGGGCUGCGCUCGCUCUCCGUGAAGGCGUGCGCCGACGUCAAGGCCACCGCCUUCCAUGGCCUCGCGUGCGCGGCCCUCGAGACCGUCGCGCUGCCCUCGUGCGGCGUCACUGACGACGGGCUCCUCGCCCUCGUCCGCGCCUGCCCUCGCCUCUCCUCGCUCGCCCUGCCGGCGUGCCUGAAGCUGUCUGCCGCCGGCCUGGCAGCGGCGCUGCCGGAGAGCCGCGCGCUGAGGGAGGUGAAUGCGGCGGCAUGCAAGCAGCUGCUGCGCGACGACAUCGUGCGCCUCACGCGCUGCUGCCGCCCCGCCGUCAAGUCCAUCCGCGUGUCCCGCCCGCACUGCCCCGACGACGAGUACACGCUGAAGCGCCUGCACGUGGGGUGGCAGCUGCCCAGCUGGGCGCGCAGCAGCGCCACCAGCACCAGCCCGCGGCUCUCCGGUGGCUUCGGUGGGCGAGGGCUGUACGGCAGCAGCUCUGCUGGCGCCACGCCCCACUCCCUCUGAGCCCUGCUGGUUCCAGGGAUGCGCCUGGGCCGGCCCCCAUGCAGUACCCAACCCCACACAUUGACGACAGCAGCAGCAGCAGCAGCGGCAGCAGCAGUCUGUCUGUGAUGCGCCUGUUCCUCCCCCCAAGACCCCUCUGGCCCGUGUGGAGCCCGGGAUGCUCUGACCCGCUGCUGCCCCCCAAGGGGGGCGAGGCAGGGAACUGAGACGAGCACUGGGACGAGUCAUGACCCGAGGGCGCAGGGGAGCUGUCACUAGGCUGCGUGUGAUGUUGGAGUGGUUGAAGGCUGCGUGGCGGGAGUGGCUGAAAGGCACUUGCUGGUGCGCAGCUGGUUCACUUACGCGUUUUCUGCUUCUGCUGCUAUUGUAGUUAGCCACGUGUUUCUGUGUGGGUGUGCAUAUUUUUGCUGUCAGCUAGCUGCUGUGGUGAAGGCAAAGUGCCAUUGACGCCACAGCCCAAAGGGCAUGUGGUGCUGUCUUUGUGUGAGCAUGUGUCAUGUCCCACACAUGUGUAGAGAUGGCCAGUUGUCUCAUCCCUGCUGCUGUAAUGCUAAUUUUCCUGAGUUGUAGUGCACCACUUGUU